AUGAAAUCUCUUUCCUAUGCGUUUCGAGUAGGGACAAGUACUGUUUCAAAAAUUGUGUUUGAAACUUGUAAAGCAAUUUGGACUGCAUUACGAGAUGAAGUUUUUCCACAAUUAAACAACUCAUGGAAACGUAUAGCAAGUGAUUUUGAAGAAAAAUGGAAUUUUCCUCACUGCAUAGGAGCUAUAGACGGCAAACAUGUUGUAAUUCAGGCUCCUCCCAACAGUGGAUCCAUUUACUAUAAUUACAAGGGUCAGCACAGUUUGAAUUUACUUGCUUUGUGUGAUGCACAAUAUCGAUUUAUCGUGGUAGACAUUGGAGCAGAAGGACGACAAAGCGAUGGUGGAGUUUUUAGAAAUAGCAAGUUGUAUACUGGAUUACAAGAAAAUUCUCUACAAAUACCAUCACCAGAAAUUGUUAGUGUUGGAGGUCCUAAAUUACCAUAUGUAAUUGUUGCUGAUGAAGCCUUUGCUUUAAAAGAAUAUAUGAUGCGACCAUAUUCCCGGAGUCAAGAACUUGAUCGGAAAAAAAGAUUUUUAACUACAGAUUGA